AUGUAUAAGCAUAUUUAUUUUGUAAUUGCAGCAUUUGCUCAUGUUUCUCUUUAUUCACAUGCUACAUCUAUAAUAAAGUUUAAUGGACUCAAUUUCUCUGAUUGGUGCGAACAAAUCCGAUUCCAUCUUGGAGUUUUGGAUCUUGAUUUAGCACUUUUAAGUGAGAAACCUGCUGCAAUUACUUCUGCUAGCAGUGAUGAGGAUAGAUCUUUCUAUAAAGCUUGGGAAAGAUCAAAUAGAUUGAGCUUAAUGUUUAUGCGAAUGACUGUAGCAAGCAAUAUUAAGUCCACAAUUAAGAACAUUGAAGAUGCUAAGGAAUUUAUGAAAUUUGUGGAAAAAUGUUCUCAGUCAGAGUCAGCUAACAAGUCACUUGCUGCAACACUUAUGAGUACUUUAACCAACAUCAAGUUUGAUGGUUCUCAUCUAUACAUGAGCAUAUCCUUGAAAUGA